CCUGCCAGGCAUCCCACAGUGCCAUCCAUUCUGAUUAGCCCUUCCAUUUACACACAGGCGCAGGAGAGUCCUGUUGAGAAAAUGAAUCGACAUGCAAUAGAGCAGAGUGUCAGCUGUGGCUCUGUUUAAAACUAGUAAACUACCUUUACUGUUCAUAAGGUCAGGGCUAAUUAUGCAAGGUGUGUGUGUGUAUAUAGAGAUGCUAUGAAAAGCAUCUGAAUUCAUCUGGGUGUUUUUACAAAUGUCUGAUCCUUGUCCUCAGGCCAAUCACCCAAGUAGAAAAGCCCCUGUCGUAACAAUUUGCGAGCCCAUGCGCUCAACCAAACCCGGGAUCCAAUUUAGCAGGGCUGCUUAAUGCAUUAAGCCUCAGGUGUAAGCAUAUGCUGACUUGAUAGGCUUUUUAUGCAUUUAAAAAAGCAGCAUGCCAUGUACGAAGAGAUAUAUAUAUAUAUAUAUAUAUAUACAUUUUAGUAUUUUUACCAUCAUAACUGUGACUGUCACAUUCUUUCCUUGGCAAGGUAGUUCUGGGGGAGAGCUGUUCCUUUUAAUUUAUGUCAUAAACAUUCCAUAUUUUCUAUAAAGGUAGGGCAGGGAGAAAAAUCAUUCCCAUCUGCUUUUGUUUCCUGUAUUUUAUGUAGAAAAGAAUACCCCUAUCAAUAUUCAAUUGUGUCUUGUUUCAGUGGCUUAUGCUAUUUAGGUCACUCGGCUUAACACUCAAGUUUGAGUUAAACAAAGAAUUUGCAGAAGGGUGCCCAUUUUUAAUUAAGCUCAUUUCCAGAUGGCCUAAUGUACAAUUAAUCCUUUUUUGACUCCAAAGUAUAAUGGAAUGUCUGUGAAAAUUGCCUUUUAAUUAGCCUCUUCUAUCUGCUAUCAAAUCAAACCAAAUUCUAUUUGUCACAUGCUCCAAGUACAACUGAUGUAAACUUCACCAUGAAAUGAUUCCCAACAAUGCAGAGUUUAAAAUAAAAUAGUAUUACGAGGAAUAAACUAAAAUACACAAGAAUGGAGCUAUAUACAGACAGCCAGUACCAGAUCAAUGUGGAGAGGUAUGAGGUCUUUUGAGGUAUACUGAACAAAAAUAUAAACGCAACAUGUAAAGUGUUUCAUGAGCUGAAAUUAAAGAUCCCAGAAAUGUUCAAUAUGCACAAAAACCUUAUUACUCUCAAAUUCUGUGCACAAGUUUGUUAAAUAUAAUUAUUAUAAUUUUUUGUGUAACUAGGCAAGUCACUUAAGAACAAAUUCUAAUUUACAAUGACUGCCUACACCGGUCAAACCCGGACGACGCUGGGCCAAUUGUGUGCUGCCCUAUGGGACUCCCAAUCACGGCCGGUUGUGAUACAGCCUGGAUACGAACCAGGGUGUCUGUAGUGACGCCUCAAUCACUGCUUUGCAGUACCUUAGACUGCUGCGCCACUCGGGAGCCCAUCCCUGUUAGUUAGCAUUUCUUGUUUGCCAGGAUAAUCCAUCCACCUGACGGGUGUGGCAUAUCCAGAAGCUGAUUAAACAGCAGUAUCAUUACACAGGUGCACCUUAUGCUGGGGACAAUUAAAGGCCACUCUAAAAUGUGCAGUUUUGUCACAUAACACAAUGCCACAGAUGUCUCAAGUUUUGAGGGAGCGUGCAUUUGGCGUGCUGACUGCAGGAAUGUGCACCAGAGCUGUUGCCAGAUAAUUUAAGGUUAAUUUCUCAACCCUAAGCUGCCCCAAAUGUUGUUUUAGAGAAUUUGGCAGUACAACAAAGAUGAUUCUUUGCUUCCAACUUUGUGGUAACAGUUUGGGGAAGGCCCUUUCCUGUUUCAGCAUGACAAUGCCGUGCACAAAGUGAGGUCCAUACAGAAAUGGUUUGUCGAGAUCAGUGUCGAUGAACUUGACUGGCCUGCACAGAUUCUUGACCUCAACCCCAUCGAACACCUUUGGGAUGAAUUGGAGCGCAGACUGCGAGCCCUGCCUAAUCGCCCAACAUCAGUGCCCAACCUCAGUAAUGCUCUUGUGGCUGAAUGGAAGCAAGUACCUGCAGCAAUGUUCCAACAUCUAGUAGAAAUCCUUCCCAGAAGAGGGGUGGCUGUUAUAGCAGCAAAGGAGUGACCAACUUCAUAUUAAUGCCCAUGAUUUUGGAUUGAGAUGUUUGACAGGUAGGUGUCCACAUACAUCAUUUUUUAUUGUUUUACUGCUACAGUCGAGCUGAAGAGAAAACAAGUCGUUUUUUUUUGCCUCAAGGUUGUAUUAAAUUAAUUCCGUAAAGCUCUGAACUUCAUUAGGUCGAUGUGAAGUCUCAGCGAACUUGCUUGUUUCUUAAAAUUAAUUCUACAUAGAGGUUUAUGAUUGGGUUGUGUAACACUUUAAUUUUCUGAAGUCUGUUGCUUUGUUUGUUUGUGUGUGUGUGUGUGUGUGUGUGUGUGUGUGUGUGUGUGUGUGUGUGUGUGUGAGCAUGUCUGGAUUGAAGCGUUGUGGAGGUCACAGCCUAGCGGCUCCAUUCUCUUCCGAGAAGCUAAUUAUACUGAUGACGGCUGUAUCCUGCUCUGCUGCAGGUCCUUUUCUCUCCCUCUUAACUUCUGUACAGAACAUGCUUCAUUUGGCUUUGAUUGAGAAUGCUGCUGUGUAUUCUCAGUCCCUGUAGGAAUGUCUUUCUCCACGAAUGGUGCUUUUAAUUAUUAUGAUGCUGCUAGCUGUUUCUCUGGCCACCACUUUGUGCUUUUGAUACAGUACUAUUGUGUGUUAUGUGCUGUGAGUGAGUUUCCUCUUGGAUCAAGUUUUUCAGUGGCAGGGACUGGGAGACUAGUCAGGAUCGAGGCAAAGAUGAACGGAGCAAAGUACAGAGAGAUCCUUGAUGAAAACCUGCUCCAGAGCGCUCAGGACCUCAGACUGGGGCAAAGGUUCACCUUCCAACAGGACAACGACCCGAAGCACACAACCAAGACAACACAGGAGUGGCUUCAGGACAAGUCUCUGAAUGUCCUUGAGUGGCCCAGCCAGAGCCCGGACUUGAACCCGAUCGAACAUCUCUGGAGAGACCUGAAAAUAGCUGUGCAGCGAUGCUCCCCAUCCAACCCGACAAAGCUUGAGAGGAUCUGCAGAGAGGAAUGGGAGAAACUCCCCAAAUACAGGCAAGGUGAGGUGGCAAGACUUUGACCAGGACCUGUAUGUCGGUGCUACUGUGGUGCGGCCGGGGCAGGAUCCCUACGCUCGCAACAAGUUCAAUCAGGUGGAGUGUGACAAGCUCAGGAUGGACCGUGGAGUCCCUGACACCAGACACGACCACUGCCGCCAUAAACAGUGGAAGACUGAGCUGCCUGCUUCGAGUGUGGUCAUUACCUUCCACAAUGAGGCCCGCUCAGCUCUGCUCCGCACCGUAGUCAGUGUUCUUAAGAAGAGUCCCCCACACCUUGUCAAGGAGAUUAUCCUGGUGGACGAUUACAGCGACAACCCGGAGGAUGGAGCCUUGUUGGGGAAAAUUGAGAAGAUCCGGGUUCUUCGAAAUGAUCGCCGAGAAGGUCUGAUGAGAUCUCGGGUGAGGGGGGCCGACGCAGCCACUGCCAGUGUUCUCACCUUCCUGGACAGCCAUUGCGAGUGUAACGAACACUGGCUCGAACCGCUGCUGGAGAGAGUGGCUGAGGACAAAACGCGAGUUGUUUCCCCCAUCAUUGACGUCAUCAACAUGGACAACUUCCAGUACGUAGGUGCCUCAGCCGAUCUCAAAGGAGGAUUUGAUUGGAACCUGGUCUUCAAGUGGGACUAUAUGACCCUGGAGCAGAGGAGGGCACGUCAAGGAAACCCCACUGCUCCAAUCAAGACUCCCAUGAUUGCCGGCGGACUCUUUGUCAUGGACAAGGACUACUUUGAGUUGCUGGGGAAGUACGACAUGAUGAUGGAUGUGUGGGGCGGAGAGAAUCUAGAGAUCUCUUUCCGCGUGUGGCAGUGUGGCGGCAGUCUAGAGAUCAUUCCCUGCAGUCGAGUGGGACACGUCUUCAGGAAGCAGCACCCAUAUACCUUUCCUGGGGGCAGUGGCACCGUGUUUGCUAGGAACACAAGGCGAGCAGCAGAGGUGUGGAUGGACGAGUUUAAGAACUUCUACUACGCCGCUGUGCCCUCGGCCCGAAACGUGCCCUAUGGCAACAUUCAGAGCAGAAUGGAAAUGAAGAAGAGGCUGGGCUGCCAGCCAUUCAAGUGGUACCUGGAGAACGUGUACCCUGAGCUGCGGGUCCCUGACCAUCAGGACAUUGCCUUCGGCGCUCUGCAGCAGGGAGGGAACUGCUUAGACACGCUGGGACACUUUGCAGAUGGAGUGGUGGGGGUCUACGAAUGCCACAACGCUGGGGGAAAUCAGGUAUCAUUCAGGGCUCAGGAAUGGGCGCUGACCAAGGACAAGUCAGUAAAGCACAUGGACCUUUGUCUGACGGUGGUAGACCGCACCGCAGGCUCACAAAUCAAGCUGCAGGGCUGCAGGGAAAAUGACAGCAGACAGAAAUGGGAGCAGAUUGAGAGCAACUCUAAGUUGCGGCACGUGGGUAGCAACCUGUGCCUGGACAGCCACAGUGCACGCACUGGGGGGCUGACAGUGGAGGUGUGCAGCCCCAACCUCAACCAGCAGUGGAAGUUCACUCUCAACCUCCAACUCUAGAGAGAGACAGUGUCCCCACCACCACCUCCUCCACCACCACCUCCUGCUCUCCUCCCCGGAGCCACAUAGACUAGAGCCACCCAGCAACAACUACGGACAGAUGGACGGACAGACGGAGGCCCCCGGAGGGGCCACAACACACAGAGGGAAGGAUAUGAAACUACAGACCAAGUGGGAUGAUGAUGCUUUCCAUUCAACUAUAUACCUCAGUGUUUCAUCUUUAGUCCUGCUCUUUGGAAAGUGAAUGUUAUUUUUCUUAAUGCAGGUGAAAUGGAAUUAACUUUCUGGAUGUUUUUUUGUGUUUUUUUUUACGUGUUCUUUUAAAAUGUCUCUUUCCACUGAAGUUCACUGCGUUUCUGAAAUGGAUGCGACUUAUUUUGUUGUCCUCUUCCCUCUCUCAAGUAAUCUAUCUUUGUUGAAUGUAAAAGACGUAUUCCAUAGAGGUUCCCUGACUAGACCGAGACGGCCCAGGAAGAAAGCUGAUAGUUUUGGUAUGGUUUCAGUUGGGUUUGGCCCCUUAAAGGUCCUGCUGGUAGAAGGGAAAGGACUCUACGCACUGUUCGUUCACUGAAACACUCUCUACUGAUUGGUGGGCUGUUCUGACAGAGUGAACAGUAAAGAGAUGGAGAGAACAAAAUCAGUUUUUUUCUUCCACAAUUAUACAGAAUUUUCAUCCUGCUCCUGUCACACGUGUUGUAAAAAGGUGCGUCGUCUGAUCAGAAGGGUGCUCUUCGCGGGUCUCUCAUGGAUACUUUUGGGGCCAGGAGUUGUCGAGGAUGUGGAUGUAUCGCUGCUGGGUCAUCAGAUUGUAGCACUUGUUGCUACGACUCUUCAUUCUUUUUCCCCAUCACAAUUGGAUGGAAAACAUUUAUUUUUAUUUUUUAUCAUUCAUGUAUUUUUUUCUUUGCAAAAGCAGUAGUGUCCCAAGUUUAUUGAUUCAUUUGUAACAGACAUUUAAUAAUUUUUUGUUCAAUUAUACUGUAGAAUAAUCAACUAAGUUACACAGUAAAUUGAACCGAUAUUUCUUUAUACUCGUUGCUUGACUGUGCUCUUGUGAGUAAAAACGUAUCUACUUACUGUAUCGAUUUUUUUCCCUUCUCCCUUUUCAGUGUUUGUGUUACCAUGGUAACAACCUCAAACAAAUUAGUAAAGAGUUUAUUACAGGGUAAUGUUGGAACCAUCAUUUUCAUUCUUAGAAGUGUUCUUGAAAUGUUCUCACACACAGUGUAUGUAUACAUUGGAGUCCUUAUUGUCACUUUGUGAUUUGCCAUUUUAGAAAAGUACACUUCAUCUGAGGUAAGCGACAAAGACAGCAUUUACAUGGGAGGGCCUUGUGUUGCAUGUUGUACCAAUACUUGAGCGUCUUUUUUUCUGUCCUUUUGUUUGUCUCGACAUUGCACGCAUGCUUUGUGAAUGAUGUCUUUGCCUUUUUUGAUAUCCAUCAUACUGUAAAGGGGAAUGUGUUUUUGUGCGCUAGUGAACAGGUUUCUUAAAGGAGGACAGGUCAUUCGGCUAUAGUUAACUGGACUCAAGGGAGAAAAGCAAUAAGAUGUUCUUAUUUCAGUAUCAUUGUUGUGCAUUUAGCUCGCAUCUGCUUCGGGUGUAUUCUGAUUGGGUUAAUACAUUAGCUUGUGAUUUAUGUGGUACUUUAAACGUUACUGUUCGUUUCUGAGGGGCAGCAGAACCCACUGCUAAUGUGAUGGCCAAAGGAGCCUAUAACGACUUACGAAAGCAAAGAUUCAUCCAUUGACAUGGCAUUGUUUGUCUCGGUUGGGAUGCCCCCAAUUUCAAUAGAUUAAUUUAUUCUAGAAUAGCAAAUUACUAAUUAUUCAGUAAUAUUUGCUGUCUGUAUUUUGUGAGCCCUCAUUAUAUAUAUGCAUAUAUCCCUUUGUUCUACACCAUUCUGGUCAAUCCUUCGUAUACAUAGGGAGACUCCAACCACCAUCGGUAUAGAAACAAGCAUCACAACGACAAAACAGAUGCAACAGCUCCCAUCUCUAACUUGUGUGGAGGUAUUGCAUUUCAAAAAUGCCAAAGAGAUGAGGUAUCCCACAGUAAGAGGUGUGGAGCAGGGGAUAGAGGUAACAUCCCAUAUUUUACCUGCAGUAUCUGCAGUUCAGAGUGUGAGAUCUGAGUGAGCAGGACUAUGGGGUGUUGUAACCGCCCAUGUGAGAGAGGUUUAGUAGGAUUAUGACAAGUUGCACAUGGUAUGAGCUGUCUGCCAUCACAUCACUGUUGAAAUUGUAACAAUUUCAGAGAUCAUGUCAAUUGUAACAAUUCAAAUGUGAAAGUUCAGCUGGUUAGAGGGAGGCCUACAGUACUAAAUGGGAUUGCUUGUGUGAACAUUGUCUACAUGGUGGCAACGGUUGUUCAAGUAUUGAAUAAAGCCUUUUUAGUAAGACUUGUGUGAAAAUGAAGUUUGCUGUUCACUUUAGGAAUUACGGAGGAAAAAAAAUCUUAGAAUUACAGCCACAUUUUAAUUGGAUGAAAUGUUUACAUAGCACAAUGUGCCAAAGUUAUUUACUUAUUUGAUUUGCAUUGUCAAUACAAUUUGUGAUUCAAGUUUAGGUGAGGGACGUGCAUUGACUAAAUGAUGACUGAAACCAAAUUAUUGAUCACAAGAAAUUGUCAUUUGGGAUAUUGAAUACGGUUUGUUCCUCUAUUUUCUGCUGUAGGGAAAUUGGAUUGAUUCAAAUCAGUGGCAAGGGAGGCAGCAUGGAGGUAACAUUUAAGUGUAUAUCUUUGUAUAUACAGUACGUUUGUCUAUAUACACAUACUGUAAGCAACAGCAGUUACUAGUGAGUUGGUCUACUGUACAGCGCUUGUAAUUCAUUGUUUUAUAGUUAUGGCAAAUUCAACUAAAUGAGGAAAAAUGAUUAACUUAAAUAAAUGCAUUUAUAUAA